UUUAGCGCUAAGUUUAUCUAUUCAUCUCGUCGGAAUUCGAUAAUUCGUUAGUUUUGUUUUAAAUUGUUUGUUUAUAUUGGCGAUAUGACCACGAUGGUGAUGACGGUUUAUAGUGAAAUCAGAUCAAUUUUGGUUUUUAAUGUACAAGUUUUUUCUUCACCAUCUUUCAUAAACUAUAGAUUAUAAAUCGAAAUCAUUUAUUUUUUUUGUAUCAAAUUUAACUUGAGUUUCAAGAAAAAAGAAAUAUGGAUGAUGAAACAUUUUAUGUUGUUUUACAGUUGUGUGACAGCGGUAAUAAUCACAAUAGCUUCUAGUAAUUAUAUAUUGUAAUGAAAAUGAAGCAAAAAGUUAUGAUUAAAUAAUAAUCAUUUCCUACUGGCGGAUUUUCACAUAGUAUGGGAAUAGAGGCUGCUAUACAAAAUUUCUACACAGAUAAUCAAAACAGUUUGAAAAAUUAUAUUCUAUGUUCUCUAGAAAAUACAGGUUCAUUUUGCAUUCCUUAUGUGAGAGCCUCUUAUGAAUCAGCUUUUGAUUUGAAACAAAUAACUGAGUUAGACUCAGCUCACAAUGCUGCUCUUUUGAAUCAUGUUGCUCAUAGGGCUAGCAAGCAGCAGGGAAAGGCUCUCCUGACUACCUCAUGUGAAGUAUUCAAGUUUUCUCAACUACAAGACUUAAAAGAAAUUGUAGACGAACAGAAAACACAUUGCCAUUUUCCAAUUGUAUUUGGAGUUUUAUGUGCUACACUAAAUAUUCCCAUAAAAAAAGUUGGGAGAAUGUUUUUGUUCAAUUCCUUACGAACAUUAAUUGCGAGUACUGUUCGACUUGGAAAGAUUGGAACUGUACAAGCACAAAAUUGGCAGCAUUGCAUAAUGAACAGCUUAGAUGACAUUCUUUCAAGGUAUUGGCAGUUGCCAUGGGAUGAAGCUUGCAUUACGUAUCCUAUUGUAGAAGUUUUACAAAAUUCUCAUGAUAAAAUGUUUUCGAAAUUAUUUUUCUCUUAAUUUUAAGUUUUUAUUUUGUAAUCUUUUUAUUGUCAAUUACUUAUUAUAAUAAAGAGAGAAAUAAAUAUUUUUAAAAAAAAGGUUAUUUAACAAAAUCAUUUGAAAGAUAGGUGCUAUUUGAAUGGUCUGAUAAUUCAUAUAUUAUAAGAAAAAAAAGUGGGAAAUAGCCCCACUUGCACAUGUUUACAGGUAAUUUUAAUCGCAUUUUAAAACUAGUACAUCUGAAGCUUAUUUCAACUACCUAACAAUAUUUUCCACAAAUCAGAUAAGAUAGAAAAAAGAAAAAAAAAACAUAGACUCAUUAGACUGUGUGCCUCAAAAUAAAUUUGAGUUGGAUCACUAUUCAAAUAAGGCCCUCAUAUAAGCUUAUUUAAUGUUAUUAUCACAGAAAAUUACUAAAAAAAUCAUAAUAAAACUUUUUUUUAAACUAAAUAUAUGUGGUAUAAAAUUAAUUUUUUCUAUAAGUAUUGUAAGUCUUUCUUAAGUAUUGCUAGUCAGUAACUAAUUGUCAAACACAUCCCUUAAAAUCAUGUAAUUUUUCAUGUCUUUUUUCUACAAAACAACUUGUGCCUUAGUUUGUAGAAUUCCUAAUUUAUAAUGUAAUGUGAAGAUAAAGAGAAUAACCUUCCUGCCAGAUUUAAAAAUCUAAGCAACUGUAAGUGUGCGUCUCUUUUUGAUAUUAUUUAUGUUAUUAAUUCAGAAAUGGGUUUACACAAGUAUUUUACAAUAAUCAAUAUUUCACACAUAGAUUUAUUUUAAUUUGGCUUUUAAAGCAGUAUAAUAAAUUGAUAAUUUUAAAUAAAAAUCGUCAAGAAGAUACGCUAGUCUUAAGUAAAAUCUCUUCUUUUCCAAAUAGACUAAACAUUUACCGAAUAAUGUGUUUAUGUACUAAAGAAAUGAGAAUCUGUUUGCAGAGUAAAAAGAAUACAAACUAAAGUGCUUAGGAGCACAACCAAUGAUUUAUAAAAAAUAUAGUAAUUAUUUAGAGGAAAAAAUGUACAAUAAUGUUGUUUUUAUGAUUUAUAAAUUAAUAGCAAUACUGUGUUUGAUUAUCUUACAAAUAAAAUUAUUUUUAUUUUUAUUAUUGUUCCUAGUGUGGUUAAAACACAAUGACUUAAACUAGAAUUUAUAAUCCGUAUUAUUUUCUCAUAAAUAGCCAUCAACUAAUAAAUAUUGGAUGGUGAUUUUCCAACAGUUUAGGCAUUAUUUCCAUUUGUACACAAGAACCUUUUGGUCAAAAUAAGUAUACACAACAGUGCUAAGCUAUCCAGCAAAGAUGCUGAGUAAAUUUUUUUUCUACUUCCACAAGACAAAAUCCUCAGAUACUGUAAAACCUAUUUUUUUAAAAAAUAAAUAUUAUAAUAUUACAAUUUAUUAAUUUAUAUAAAAAUUGUAACAAGAUUAAUUAAAGUUAAUACUUAUGUCAUUUUAGCAAUUUGUGUUUUUAGGUUGGUGUAAAACUGCAAUACUAAAUCAGGAACUUAAUUACCUUAAUAACUUUAUCAAUCUUAUAAGACAAACUUGCAAAGCUUUAAAACAAGACUUUAAUGCUUAGGUCAAUAAAUACAUAAUAUUUAUAUUUUCAAUUCUAUAGAAG